GUGUUACAGAGAACUCCGUCCCCCUGUGUAUCACCGGCGCAAACAUGGCCGCCGCCGUGCGCACAAGAUUCCUCCUUCAGAGAUCAACACAGGGGCUUUUGCUCUCCCCCAGAGCUGUACCCGCUUUCUCUAGCCCAUUUCUCUGUCGGGCUCACAGAUUAGAGCCCGGCGACGAUGAGCUUUACCAGCGGACCACCAUGACGGUCAUCAAGAACGAAGCCGACAGUGGGAUCCUGAUACACAGCUACAGUCCUGCAGGAUUCAACGUCGAUGGCAACCGGGUGUUUGGGCCCUGCGCUUUGUUACCUCCUGCCAUCCUUCAGUGGAAAGUUGGAAGUCAUGAAGACAUCACAGAAGAAAGCAUCUCACUCUUCCACAUGCUUGAACCGCCAAUAGAGAUUCUUGUGCUGGGCACAGGAUCAAGAGUCGAACGAAUUAACCCUUCAGUCCUCGCACUGUUGAAGCGGAAACGCAUCGCUGUGGAGGUGCAGGACACGCCGAACGCCUGCGCAACGUUCAACUUUCUGAACACUGAGAGAAGACUGGUUGCUGCUGGUCUGAUUCCUCCCUCUUACAGCAGAGCUCUAGAAGUGAAACAGGACUAAGCGUUGGGACUCAAAAUGAGUGUACAAGCGGUAACUUAGAGCAGAGAUUCACAUACAAGUAAAAGGGGAAUGCUUCCUCUGCCAAAAGGCUUCCAGAGCAAUAUUGCAAAGCAGUCCCUCUUUUAUAUUUUCACCAACAUUAGGGUAGCUAGUUUAAAGCGGCCCUGGUCAGUCUCGGGCAUUUUUAUGCUAGCUAGGAGCCACCUUGAGAGUUUCUGCAAAAAUUUUUUUCCAGUGUAAUAUUUUGGUUUUAGAAUUAAAAACAACUAUCUGUCAUAAACGAACAAGAAAACAGAAACGAUAACAAGCUGAGUUGAGUAAACCGUGCUCUUGUGUAUAAAUUAAAGUCUCUGUAUGGACUGGUGUGUUAUAAAAAACAUUUAUUAAAUACGACAGUUUGAUUUA